GGACUCCACUCCAUAUCUUAUUAACGGCAGCGCUAUAAUGUGGCUGCUUGCUGAUGGAUACGUGAAGAUCGAUAGCAAAGCAAUACAGCGCGGUUCCGAAAUCUCCGAAACGAGAUUUUAAAGUUCCAAACACCUGUAAAUAAGCCCAGUGUUAACGUGGGAGCAAAAAGUCUGAAAAGAAGCGACUCAACAGGUCGAGAACUCGUCUAGACAGAAGGGCAGGAGUGAGUAACAUACGCAACAAAGCCGCGCAGUGAGCGCAACAACAACCGGUACACCUUCCUUCUUCCUCCACAGCGGUCUCCAUUUUAACUCCUCGCCCAGCCUGCACCUCACGUGUCCUGGACUGUCUUUCUCACAUGACCCGUGUGUUUGUCCCCGUGAUCAGCGCUUCCAUCUCCCGUAUUUCAAGUGUCGCUGAAUAUCGCAUUUUAAAAUCCGCUCGCCUUCAUGGAUAUGCUCGAUCAGAGCUUGGACACCUCGACGAGUCACGAGAAACCGGAAACAGAGGAGGUUGUUCAGCUGCAGGAGGGAGAGGGGGUGGGAGCGGCGGAGCAGGCAGCGGUUACCAUAGGUAGUGUCCAGCAAGCAGCAGCCUUUGCAGACCACAAUGUUCAGUACCAGUUCCGGACAGAGAACACUGGUGGACAGGUGACAUAUCGUGUGGUCCAGGUAACAGAGGACCAUUUGGAAGCAGCAGGAGAUGGAGGAGCGGCAGUCAGUGUAGUGUCCACAGCUGCCUUUGCGAGCGCACAGCAAGCAGUAGCACAGGCUGUCAUCCAGAACCCUUUCAGUAAUGGAGGCAGUCCAGUGGGGGAAACAGUGGGGGGAGAGACACGCUUUGCCUACUUCCCAGCAGCAACUGUCAGUGACGGUACAGCUGUCUCAGUGCAGGCCACGUCUGAUCCGACCCUCACACAGGCUGGAGGUCAGUUUUACGUGAUGAUGAGUCCACCAGAUGUUUUACAGACUGGAACACCACGGACCAUUGCCCCUCGUACACACACUUACUCUAUAGACCUUGGUGAACGUGAGACUCUUCAACACAGCAGAUCAGACUGGAAAAUUGAUGGCCCCCGGGCACCUCGUGAUGAGAGAAGGAGAGCACAGCACAAUGAAGUGGAAAGGAGAAGAAGAGACAAAAUCAACAACUGGAUUGUCACACUGUCUAAAAUCAUCCCAGACUGCAAUAUGGACAGUACCAAAACAGGAGCAAGUAAAGGAGGCAUCCUGUCUAAAGCAUGCGACUACAUUAGAGAACUCCGACAGACUAACCAGAGGCUGCAGGAGAGCUACAAGGAGGUGGAGAGAAUACAAGUGGACAAUGAGCUACUAAGACAACAGAUCGAAGACCUGAAGAAUGACAAUGCACUGCUCAGAGCUCAACUACAACAACACGGCCUGGAAAUAAGUGAAACUACAUCACAGUGACAAAAAACAACAACAACAAAAAAACAUUCUCACGAAUAAAAAAUUGAAAGUGACGUGACACAGUCUCAAGUGGAGAAAUAAACCCUCAAUGACUCGCUCGCUCGCGCCUCAUCAAAGACUUAACUGUUUUGCAACUCAAGUAGGGUAUGAAUGCUUAUCUGAUGCACAGACACACAUCCUUCUGACAAGAGACUCUCUGACCGUUUUGAAAAUAACAUCUGCUGUAAGCACAUUUUGUUUUCUCCUUCACCCCCGUGAGAACUCAACAACUUGGACUCAGUUGAUAUGGAAUAACCCUCUUCUUCCAGAAGUAUCCCGCUUGCCACAGGUUUAUGUCUUUAGUUUCAAUCCAGUUAUUUGCCUGCUCAUGCCUAAUGCUCAUCUUUUGUUGUGUUUGAAACAUUUUGUGGAUUUUAUUUUUGCUACAUCGUGCAAAUGUUACUACUGUCUCAUAACAUGAAGGUCUUUUUUCGAGGGUUCUUCGGUAUUGCAUUUAUUAGCUUUCAAGAAAUUGCGCAGCAG